AUGUCUUCACAAGAGGGUAUAUACUUCCCUACCGUCUACGAACCUACAGUCUUCGAGAACUAUGUCCACGACAUCUUUGUCGAUAAUGUCCACAUUGAGCUGUCCUUGUGGGACACUGCCGGCCAAGAAGAAUUCGACCGUCUCCGCAGUCUAUCCUAUGACGACACAGAUCUGAUCGUCCUCUGCUACAGCGUCGACAGCAAGGACUCGCUCGAGAACGUCGAAAGCAAAUGGGUCGGCGAGAUCGCGGAUAACUGUCCUGGUGUCAAGCUUGUUCUUGUGGCGCUCAAGUGUGACCUGCGCGAGGGCAACGAUGACGAGAAUGUCGGCGCCGAUGGCCAGCCACAAGCAGCGCAACCCGGCGAGAAGCGCAACACCACCCUCAUCAACUACGAUCAGGGCCUCGAGGUCGCCCGUCGCAUCCAGGCAUCUCGUUACCUCGAAUGCUCGGCCAUGAAGAACCGUGGCGUCAACGAGGCCUUCACCGAGGCCGCGCGUGUCGCCCUCAGCGUCAAGAAGGAGCGCGACGAGUCCAAGUGCAUCGUCAUGUGAGCCAGCUGGGCUUCAUGUCCAUCAUCGACACCUACUCUCUUACUAUAAUUGCUUGUCUACUCCAGGGGGCGUCGGCGUUUACGCGAAGCGGAUCGGAUCCGGAUACGGCCCCUUGACUCUCUGCUUUUGCUCUUUCAUCACAGCCACACUUUUCUUCUUUCUACAGUACACCCACCAACGGAGCCUGGGAUCGCCCAACACAACCACCCUUUUCUUUGACCCUCCCGCUCACGCGAGCAACUUCAUCUUAUUACUCCCGUUACUUGUGGCUGGAUCGCGCCUUCCCCUUGCCCACGAUUCACCAGACUUUGAAACUGUAUAUAUCAGAGUAUUCUACUCGCCUUUUCUUCGUUCGCUGCACUGUUUCCCGUCUUUUGUCAUGUCCAGUGUGUUCUCUUCAUAUAUAACGGCGGUGACCCGGGAAAAGGACUUGUAGACUUUUCGUUGCGGAGAGUGGUUCGUCUUGUCGGACCUUGCAGUGUCUUGUAUUGCAGGUGUUGGUACUAUGUUCCAGGCUGACGUCAACCCAAAGAAUUCGAAUUCU